CUUUCAGAAUGGCGCAUGAUUCUGAUGGAUCUCUCAAUAUCUAGUGAAGAAUCUGAUAUCAAGAGGAGUUUUAUUUCUGCUAAUGACGAGAUCAAAUCAAUGCAGUUUAUUUUACCAAAUUAUCAAAGCUCGAUGUAUAUUAGUAAACCAAUAAAAACUAAAGAAAUUAGACUAGCGUAUGAAUCAGCUAAAUUCAGAGAUUCGAAAAUGUGCGAUCUUGAUGUUAAUGCAAUGCAAUUAUGUUAA